AUAAUCUUAUGAUAGAGAUUAGAGAGGCAAGGUGAGAGAUAAAGAAAAUAAAAUGGCAUUGGCUUUUGAAGCACGAAGUGGCUUGACCUUCUCCUUCUUCUUUUUCUUGCUACUAUGCUCAGCUACUGCUCGGAACCCUAUUAUAUUUUCAAGUGAUGAGGCUUUAAACAUGGUUGGAAGGUCUUUGAAGGUAAUAAAUCUUGACGACUAUGGUGGACCAACUGCCAAUCGUGGCCAUGAUCCUACAUUGAACAGGCCGGCAACCGGGAGAGGUCGUCGUGUAGGGAGAAAAGGAUGAGAAAAUCGGAAAUGUUAUCUAUCAUAUACAUAUAUAUUAUUUUUCAAAAUAAUAUAUACUCAUUGCAAAAUUUAACCUUUAUAUUAUAUAUACAAAAACAUGUAUUUUGAAUGGAAGAAAUGAGAAGGAAAAAGAAGUUAUUUGUGUGUGUGUAUGUAUCUUCAUAAUUAGUUAAUAAAUGAUGCAAACAAUGGUUGCUACCUAAGGAUGACGAGCCACUUGCGAUGAAUAUACUAUUAGGGAAACAAUGUCUCUCAAGGAAGGAACCAAGAAAGAGUUUAUAACUUUUGAUCCAACUUAUUUCCAAUAGGUUGGGUACUUGGUUGUAGUAAUAGAUUUGUGAGUCUAGCGAUAGAUUUUGGUGCCAAAUUGGAUAAGUACUGCUGUUCACAUAAGUACUGUUGUGUGUAUA